AUGUCCACAUAUCGAAGCUCAUCGGUAGGAUCUUUCCUGCCCUUGCGCUCGAGGACAGCCAGCAGGCGCCCCCAAACCGCAAAACCUACGACUAUCGCCACCAGUGUCGCUUCACAAGACAUUGUAUGCGCUGUCUGUGAAUCUCGCGGGGUGUCUUCAACAAUAGGCCUGGCCUUGAUCAAUCUGGCUACGGCAGAAGUAGUCUUGUGUCAGAUAUGUGACAGCCCGACCUAUGUGAAAACCGUCACGAAGAUAGGUGUGUUCGAGCCAAGUGAGAUCCUGUUCAUGAGCACCGCCGCCGAAUCCAAACUCCGGUACAUCGUCCAAGAGAAUCUCCCCGACCCAGUCUUCACCUUCCUCGAUCGCCGAUACUGGUCGGAUAAAGGGGGCCAAGAGUACCUGGAUCGCUUGGCAUUUCCAGACGAGACAGACUCUCUGAAGCUUACGUUGGGGGGAAACUACUUUGCGGCAUGCAGCUUCGCGGCGAAGACCUUGAAAUAUGUCGAGUCGGAACUCCAGAGAGUCUUUGCAGCUCACUCACUGCGCAUCAAAUUUGAACCAUCGCAAGGUUCCAUGAUGGUCGACUUGCAGACGAUUGCUUCGCUGGAGCUCAUCCAAAAUCUCCACAAUGCUAAAUCUCGUGAUAGCCUUUAUGGACUUCUCAACCAGACGCUGACCCCCAUGGGGGCUAGACUCUUGCGAGCAACAAUCCUGCAGCCUUCCACCGAAAGGGUCAAGCUGACUGCUAGAUACAAUGCCGUUGAGGACUUGUCUACCAAAGAGGACAUGUUCGUUUCCGUUCGACAAGUUCUGAAGGGCUUUGUGGAUGCCGACAAAAUAUUGACUUCGAUCAUCCUUGUCCCAGCCAACCACACGGCACAGUACGUGGAACAAUCGGUCAAUAAUGUCAUAAUGCUGAAGACGUACGUGUCGGCCAUCAAAAAGGUCCAUCAAGCAUUGGGAGCGGCGCAGAGCGAUCUUCUUCUGACAAUUCGAGAGUUAUGUGCCCCUGGCGGUCAUCGAUCUAUCGAACAACUUAUUGAUGAUACCCUAAACGAGCAUGUCACAUACCAGAGCAAGCCACUAGAUCUUCGGAAUCAAAGGAUCUAUUGUGUCAAGGCUGGUGCUAAUAGCUUGCUCGACGUGGCCAGGCAGACUUACAAAGAAGCCAACGCCGAUGCGAUGGAUUUGAUCGCGAGGCUAGGAGGUAGGGAUCAGAUUUGCUUCAAAGGACAGAGAGACCCUGACCGAAAUCAAGAAACUCAGGAUAUCACACUAGAUCUGAAAUAUGAUUCUGCUCGGCAAUACUACAUAUGUAUCCCGGCUGGUGAGCCAGAGCCCCUGCCCGAUGUGUUUAUCAAUGUUUACCGCAAGCGGAAUCGAAUCGAAUGCUCGACCUUGGAUCUGGUGAAGUUGAAUCAGAAGAUCUCAGACGCACACAAUGAAGUGAUCAGCUUGAGUGACCAGACUAUCCAAGACGUGCUGCAUGAUGUAUGCCAAGAGGCAUCUGUGUUAUUUCGGAUCAGUGAGGCCAUAGCCAUGCUAGACAUGCUGGCGGCUUUCGCACAACUAGCUACCUCCAACGAUUACCUCCGGCCGGAAUUGACGAGUGCUCUUGCUAUCAAAGCGGGUCGACAUCCCAUUCGCGAGCGGAUUCACUCGAGCAAGUUUAUCCCUAACGACGCAUAUGCAACUUCGCAGUCCCGGUUUCAGAUUAUCACUGGCUGUAACAUGAGUGGGAAGUCUACUUACAUUCGAUCCGUCGCUCUCAUGACGGUUAUGGCACAAAUCGGAUGUUUUGUUCCCGCCCAAUACGCGUCGUUCCCAAUUACGCACCAGCUGUUUGCUCGCGUGGCUACCACGGAUGACUUGGAUUCGACCGUUUCGACCUUUGCAGCAGAGAUGCGCGAAAUGGCCUUCAUUCUACGGCAUAUCCAGCCCGGAGGGAUGGUUUUAGUCGACGAACUCGGGCGUGGUACAAGCACAACCGACGGCCUCGCUCUCGCUAUCGCUAUAUCUGAAGCUUUAAUCGCCAGUAAUGCGUUUGUGUUUUUCGCGACGCAUUUCCACGAUCUGGCACGAAUCUUAUCCGAGCGUAGUGGGGUCGUCAAUCUACAUCUUUCAGCAGAAAUUACACAUGGUGCAUCUAAGAUGACCAUGCUUUACCGAAUCGCAGAAGGCCCGCUCCCUGAUCGUCGAUAUGGACUUGCGAUUGCCAAGCUGGUGGAUCUUCCUCCUGAAGUCCUCAACGUGGCUCACGAGGUUUCUCAAGAGUUGGGCUUGCUCGCCGAGCGCCGCGAUAGCAAAACUCGGGCUCUAGUGAUCAGUCGCAAGCGAAAGCUGCUUCUUUCUCUGCGGGAGCAACUUCUGAUAGCACGCGAAAGUACCAUGGCGGAGGAGGCUCUCUGUACCUGGUUGAAGAAGCUUCAAGAUGACUUUGCAAUUCGCAUGGAUGUCAUUGACCAAGAUAUUAUUGUGACAAGCGAAACCAGAGAAGGCACCGAAGAAGAAGCAGGGAGAAGCUAUGAAACAAGCCUUGGUCUGAAUCCUUCUGACUGUGGUCAGGAUGCAGAGCCCGAGUGGACUUGA